AUGGCUAAUUAUUCAGCUGAACCUUCAUCCUCUUUGACCUUCACCUCAUCUUCCCAUAUACCAAACGCUUCAAAAACCCACAACAACCCAUCUUCCUCCUCUGGCUGCGAACCUGUGCCUAGCCUUGAAGUCAUCAGUUUGACCAAGCUCAGUUCCAAUUUGGAGCAGCUGCUCUUGGUUGACUCUAGCUCUGAUUACAGUGAUGCCGAUAUCAUCGUUGAGGGAAAAUCUGUGGGUGUUUACAGAUGCAUAUUGGCUUCCAGAAGUAGCUUUUUCGGCGAGCUAUUCAAGCGAGCAAAUGGGUCUUCCGAGAAAGAAGGUAAACCAAAGUACUGUAUGAGCGAUUUGCUGCCUUAUGGAAAUGUUGGGUAUGAAGCUUUCUUGGUUUUCUUGAGCUAUGUGUAUACUGGAAAGCUGAAACCUUUUCCCAUGGAGGUUUCAACUUGCGCUCACAGUGUAUGUGCCCAUGACGCAUGCGGGCCUGCAAUUAAUUUUGCUGUGGAAUUGAUGUAUGCAUCUUCCGUUUUCCAAAUGCCGGAUUUGGUUUCAAUUCUCCAGCGACGGCUUAUUAAUUUUGUUGGGAAAGCCCUGGCAGAUGAUGUCAUCCCAAUCCUCGUGGUUGGUUUCCAUUGUAAGUUGAGUCAGCUCAUUAAUCAGUGCAUUGAGAGAGUGGCACGAUCAGAUCUUGAUAGCAUCUCUCUUGAGAAGGAACUUCCUGAUGAGGUUGUGGAGAAAAUUAAAAUUAUUCGCCACAAUUCUCAGCAAGACUGUGACCCCAACAUUGCAGCAGUGGACCCCUUGCGUGAAAAGAGAAUCAGGAGAAUACAUAAGGCGUUGGACUCAGAUGAUGUUGAACUUGUGAAACUUCUUUUAAGUGAGUCUGAUAUAACCUUAGAUGAAGCCAAUGCUCUCCAUUAUGCUGCAGCUUACUGCGAUCCUAAGGUUGUGACUGAAGUGAUUGGUCUGGGUCUGGUUGAUGUUAACCUCCGGAAUUCUCGGGGUUAUACAGUACUUCACAUUGCUGUGAUGCGCAAAGAGCCAUCAAUUAUAGUAUUGCUUCUGACUAAAGGAGCUCGUGUGUCAGAGCUGACAUUAGAUGGUGAGAGUGCUGUUAGCAUUUGCCGGAGGUUGACGAGGGCAAAGGAUUAUCAUUCAAAAACAGAGAGGGGAGAAGAAGCAAACAAAGACCGGAUAUGCAUUGAUGUUCUAGAGAGAGAAAUGCAGAGGAAUCCGAUGGCUGUGGAUGCGUCUAUAUCUUCUCAAAUAAUGCCUGAUGACCUGCACAUGCAAUUGCUGAACCUGGAGAACAGAGUGGCAUUUGCCCGAUUGUUAUUCCCUACUGAAGCCAAGGUAGCCAUGGCCAUUGCUCAUGCCGAAACAUCUCAAUUUUCUGGGCUUUCUUCAUUCAAAGGCUCAACUGGGAAUUUGAUGGAUGUUGAUUUAAAUGAGACUCCUACUGUGCAGAACAAAAGACUCCGUUCUAGGUUAGAAGCUCUCAUGAAAACAGUCAGUACGGGUAGAUCCUAUUUUCCUCAUUGCUCGGAAGUCCUGGAUAAGUUCAUUAAGGACGACCUUCCUGAUUUGUUUUUCCUUGAGACGGGCACCCCUGAUGAGCAGAAAAUAAAGAGGACGCGUUUCAUGGAGCUUAAGGAGGAAGUACAAAAGGCAUUUAGCAAGGACAAGGCUGCUAAGAACCUCUUUAGGUUGCCUUCAUCAUCCUCCUCAUCGUCUCUGAAAAAUGUUGGUGAAAAUCUGAAGGUUGGGAAAUUAUGA